CUCUCUCUCUCCCAGAUUUUUUCUUUGUCUUCCUUUGAGAGAUUUAUGAAUGUUUCUUUAAUCUCUUUUCUUUUAUAGUUCUUUUUUAAUGGUUUCCAGAAUUUGCUGAAAAGAAUUCGCACUAGCAGAGAAGAAGAGGAAGACAGAGAAAGCGAGACUUCGCAUAAAAAACGAUACCUAAGUUCCAUCUCCAUCUCCAUCUCUCUCUCUCUCUCUCUCUCUCUCUCUCUCUCUCUCUCUUUCUCUCUCUCUCUCUCUCUCUCUCUCUCUCUCUCUGCAACUCCAAGGUAUUACAGUCUGCUUUCUACCAUAACCUCGUCAUCUACAAACGUGUGUGUGUGUGUAUGCGUGUGUAUAUGUGUUUCCGAGUGUUAUAGAUACAGACGAUGACCGAAGCUGAAAGAUCCGAUCAAGUGUGUAUGUGUACACAAUCAAUCACACACCCUUCCGAGGAGAGAGAGAGGAGAUAUGAAGAAGAAGAUUGAAGAAUUCAUGAACACAUGGGAAUAGCUACAACUCCGAAUAUCAUCUCUUCCCACCAUCAGUCCAUCAAGAUUCUGGACAACAAUUCACCAUCAUCAUCAUCAUCAUCAUCAUCAUCAUCAUCAGAUCUUUCUAUGUCCCAAGAUUAUCAUCAUCAUCACCAUAACCACCAAAGCAUCUUCACCUUCUCCAAUGGAUUCGACCGAUCAUCCUCCACUCUGACAACUCAUCAAUCCCAGCAUCCGCCGCAACAAGUGGGUAUAGACGAAGAUUCCGCCUCCGGAGCUGGGAUUCCAGUCUACGAAACCGCCGGAAUGUUGUCGGAAAUGUUCAGUUUCCCCGGCGGCCCAUCAGCCUCCGGAGAACUUCUCGACCAAUCCCUACCGCCGAGUUACAAUCCGACCAAUUCAGUCACUACAAGACAGUUGUUGGAGCAGCAACACCGUCACCGUCACCAGAAUAUUCCGGGGAUGAACGCCAUGGACUCCGCCACCGCCGCCGCCGCAGCCAUGCAGCUUUUCUUGAUGAACCCUCCUCCGCCGCAACCGACAACGCAACGGUCACCGUCUCCGUCGCCGCCGCAAGAGUCGACAACCAACAACAACUCGACUCUUCACAUGUUACUACCGAACCAUCAUCAAGACUACUCAACAGCUUACAACAACAACAACAGCGCUAUCCAACACCAGCUUCAUCAACAGUUCACGUGGUCGGAUCAUCAACAUCACGGCCAAGUAGCCGCCAGCGCAGAGAUCGGGACCGUCCACGUGGAAGGAGGACAAGGCCUCUCCUUGUCUCUUUCUUCGUCCCUGGCGGCGGCGGCCAAGGCCGAGGAGUAUAGGAACAUUUAUUACGGAAACAACCACGGAAUGGCCGGUGCUUCACCUUCAUCUAACACCCCGGCUCAUCAUCAAUACAACCACUUCAAGGGUCUAUUAGAUUCUUCUCAUCAUCACCACCAUCACCAUCAUCAAGCGGUAGGUCAUUUCGUCUCGCCAUCGGCAUCUUCCUCAUCCUCCUCAAUUGCAGGGAUCAACAUCUUGAGGAACUCAAAGUACACGAAAGCUGCGCAAGAGUUGUUGGAGGAGUUCUGUAGUGUCGGAAGAGGACAUUUCAAGAAGAGCAAGUACGGUAGAAACACUGCCAACCCUACCACGAGCGGCGGCGGCAGUGGCGGAGGCGGAGGCGGAGGGUCUUCUUCUCCGGCGGCGGCGGCGGGGAAGGAUCAUCCUCCGUUGUCGGCGGCGGAUCGGAUCGAGCAUCAGAGAAGGAAGGUCAAGCUACUCUCCAUGGUUGAAGAGGUGGACCGACGGUACAACCAUUACUGUGAACAAAUGCAGAUGGUGAUGAACUCGUUCGACCUUGUGAUGGGUUAUGGAGCGGCCGUGCCGUACACGGCAUUGGCCCAAAAGGCCAUGUCGAGGCAUUUUCGGUGCCUCAAGGACGCCGUAUCGGCGCAGCUCAGGCACAGCUGCGAGCUGCUGGGAGAGAAAGAUGCCGCCGGCUCGGCGUCUGGGUUAACCAAGGGCGAAACGCCGCGUUUGCGUUUGCUUGAACAGAGUCUGCGUCAGCAACGUGCGUUUCACCAGAUGGGCAUGAUGGAGCAAGAAGCUUGGAGGCCCCAACGCGGUUUGCCAGAACGCUCCGUCAAUAUCCUCAGAGCUUGGCUCUUCGAGCAUUUUCUUCACCCGUAUCCAAGCGAUGCAGAUAAGCACCUCUUGGCCAGACAGACUGGCUUAUCCAGAAAUCAGGUAUCAAACUGGUUCAUUAACGCUAGGGUUCGUCUAUGGAAGCCAAUGGUGGAGGAAAUGUACCAACAAGAGGCAAAAGAAGAAGAAGAAGAAGAAGAAGAAGGAGAACAAGAAGCACAGCAACAACAACAAAGGAGAAAACAGCAAACAAACAACAGCACGAAACCCAACAACAACAACAGCAGCAGCACCGUCGUUCAGACAAAGGCGCAAACUCCAACGCCUUCAACCACAACCGCAACAGCUACAACAGCAACAGGCCACCACCAAAGAUCCGAAAUCAAUGCCCACGAAACCGACCCUUCACUGCUCCUCCCUCCUUCCCCAUCCGCUGCGUUCGCCGCCGCCGCCGUCGCAGCCGCAGAUUUCGGGACUGCAAACGCGAAUACCGGGGAUAUUGGAAACCCUAGCGGUGGUAUAAUGAGGUUCGGGACCAACCCGUCCGGUGACGUGUCGCUUACGCUUGGUCUACGCCACGUUGGCAAUAUGCCGGAGAAAGAACCUUCUUUCUCCGUUAGAGACUUUGGAGGUUUUUAGCUUGGUUCCUCUCUCUUUUUUUUUCCUCUCUCAUUUUAUUAAUUAAUUAAUUAUAGUUUUAUCAAAGCCCUUUUAAGCUCGCAGACUUUAGCCCUUUUUGUUUUUUGUCCUCUUCUGUAUCUCUAAAAAAGAAGAAGAAAAGAUACAUAAAUUCACAUCCCAUCUUUCCUUUUGUAAUAUAUAGUGUCUUAAGAUCUUUCGGUGUUUCCUCAUCAACAAUGCAAUAUGUACAACCUAUGAUUCUGUAUACAUUUUGUUAUAUCUUUAUAUUUA